AUGUUGCCCCGAUUGGCGGCUCGUGCUCUGCUCCUCCAACGAUCAUCAUCAACCUCGAAGCUCCUCCGAAUUAUCUCCAGCCGCAACGCAUCCAGCCGCCCCGAGAUGUCGCCCCCAGUGCCGAAAUGCCUUCUCGAGCCGAUGGACAUCCCGAAACGCGAGCUUUUCGGCCCCGGCCCCUCCAAUAUGGGCUCGAACAUCCAGGAGUCGGCCUCACGCUCCCUCCUCGGUCAUCUGCAUCCCGAAUUUGUUAAGAUCAUGGCCGACGCACGCGAGGGCCUGAAAUACAUCUUCAAAACGGAAAACGCCUACACGUUCGCGAUUUCUGGGACAGGUCAUUCCGGCAUGGAGGCGGCGAUGCUAAAUCUGCUGGAGCGCGGCGAGAAGAUUCUAGCCGUCAAAACGGGCCUCUGGGGGCAGAGAUGCGCCAAUCUGGCUAAACGGCUGGAACUCGAGGUGGAAACGGUCGAAGCGCCUGACGGGAAUGCGGUUGAAUUGUCGGCGAUUAAAGAGGCCAUCGAAAAAUUCAAGCCACAAGUGCUGUUCGUGUGCCAGGGCGAGAGCUCGACUGGAGUUUGCCAGCCGAUUGAGGGUCUCGGCGAGAUUUGCCAUAAAAAUGAUUGCCUCCUCCUCGUCGAUACCGUAGCUUCAUUGGGCGGCACCGAAUUCGAUAUGGAUGGAUGGGGAGUAGAUUGUGUUUAUACGGCCACCCAAAAGGUGUUGAACGCUUCUCCGGGUUUGGCACCGAUAUCAUUCUCGGAUCGGGCAAUGCAAAAAAUCAAAUCCCGAAAGCGCCCGGUCGCCUCAUGGUAUUUUGAUGCGCUCGAGUUGGGCAACUACUGGGGUGCUGACGCGGGCCCGAAACGCUACCAUCACACUGCCCCGAUCUCAACGGUCUACACGUUGCGCACAGCGCUAGCCGAAGUAGUAAAAGAAGGAAUUGACGCCGAGAUCGCGCGACACCGCAAGAAUGCCGAAUUUUUGUACUCGGAGCUCGCCGCCGUCGGGUUGGAGCCGUUCGUCGAGAAGAAGGAAUGGCGUCUCCCCUGUCUAACCACGGUUCGUGUACCCGCCGGCGUCAGCGGAGAUGAGGUGAAAAAGGAGAUGAUGGCCCACGGCAUCGAGAUUGCCGACGGUCUCGGGUCUACGGUAGGAAAAAUCUGGCGCAUCGGCACGUUCGGGAUCAAUUCUGAUGAGCAGAAAAUCCGGCACGUCGUCCAAAAACUGGCCGAGACGAUCAAGGCCAAGAAGGCGCAUCUU